UAUACCAGCAGCUGUUUGGCACUGAUAACAUUAAAAACCAAAACAAGCUAGUAACAAACUUGCUACCCGGCCAAGAGGCCAGUUGACCAAAUAUGCUGCCCACCAAAACGGAUUCCCGUCGCCGUCUCAACAUAGCGAACUCGUCGCCAGCAGUUGGGGAAUAUGUCAAGGUGGUGGAGACCCAGUGCGAGACCGAUGGUUUCGUUAACGAACAGUGGGUAGAGCCGGCGCUCCAGAGGCCAAUACCCUGGAAGACCAUCAUCAUUAUCCUGACGCUGUUUAUUGGUGGCGUAAUCUGUCUCGCCUUCGCCACUCUCUAUUGGGUGACAGAUACGGGCGAUGAGCGUUCGGAUCGAGUCUGGGCGCUGAGCAUUAUAGGAGCAUUGACCUUUAUCCCCGGAGGCUACUACGUGUACGUGCUGUCUUGCAUUAUGCUCAACCGAAACGGAUUCACCAUGGACGAGAUAAGAAGGCUCGGCUGAGCGAUCAAAGGGGAUCCGAACACAUCCAAAAAUCGUCAAAUAGAGUUUAUUAUUGCAUUUAGACUACAAGUUAUUCACACAUUUCAUUGGCAUAUAAUUUCAUUAGCAACAAUCUUAAUGUUUGAUACAUGUUUGUGUGUAUUGCCCCGGUAAUUGUUGUAUAAAAAUAUGUUUAAAUACGAGCUUGUUAUCAAAAUGUAUAAUGCUUGGCGUGGCUAGUUUAGUGCGCGGAACAUUUGCUAUCUAUAUAAAUACACCACGGCGUAACGCUUGUUUAAAUAUACAUAUGUAUGUUUUACAGGCAUCAACUAUAGUUCUACAAGAUAUAUUUUACGUUUAUGGCCAUUUUCUCUAUCAAGCAUAAAGUACAUACAUUAUAUGUUUGAGCUUAA